AUGAGUCCAAUUGACGACGAUUUACUGUGUUUAAUUUGUCAACUUCCUUUGCGAGAGCCAGUUCUGACGAGAUGCGGCCACAGAUUUUGUCGACAAUGCCUCGAGCAACAUCUUGCAAGGUUUGCGCUCGUAUAUCGCUACUUUAUUGUCACUCAUCAAUGAAAGUUACGUUCUACUCAUCGCUUAAAAAUUUAGAUAAGAUAUUUUUUAUAUAAACGUGCUUGCAAUAAGUCAGUCAUGACAUCUCCAAGAAAGCAUAAUAUCAUUGAAAGGUAAACCGUGGACGACUAACUUCUCGCACUCAAUAAAGCUAAUAGUUCUCUUGAUUUCUGCUUGUUAUUCAAAAAAUGCACCCAUUCGCGUCGCUCACUCGUGAAAUAUUUUUCAAGACUCGAAGAGAAACUUCUUAUCGCCGCCCAGCCAUAUUAUGUCCUCUAUAUCUAUGCAACUGCGAUAAAUUUCUCAAGUUAGGUGACCAUUAGCCCACAGUACGUUAGUAAAAUAAACCCGGCUCUGAUCAUUCGUCUGUGUCGGUAUUUAUGUUCUCGAAAGUCAAGUCUCUUUCACCAAAGAUCGACGAAGCUGGAGUGGCAUUUGCAAUGCAAAUCUGCACUUCACUUGCAGCACGGCCUAGCUUAAAAACCACAUAGGUGAUAAUAUUUUAUAAUAUCAUCCGACGGGAUAGGAAAACAAGUUGUUAUAUCUUAUGUAGCAUACACGCAUUAUGUAUACAUCUUAUGUUGCAUACAUCAAUUAGUUUAUAUUUAAGCAUCUUAAUGUUUUUAAGGCCCGGUUCAAACGUCGAACUUCCAUACACUGCAACUAAUAGUCAGGUUUGGCACAUGUAAACUUCGACGUUUGAAUCAAUCGACUUCAUUUCAUACUUCGAACCGUUUCAUGUGCCGAAUCUAAUGCAUACAUUACAAAUACAUGAAAUAAAUUAAUUUUUACUCAGAGCACUGCACGUUUCGUAUAUUUGUCAUGCACACACAACUUGAUUUGCAACGAAAUGGCGGGAAAAGCGGAAAAUAAUUAGAGUCUACCACUGCCGUCAGUUCAAUGGAGUAGAAAUUCUUAAAAUUAUGAUACUCUUUGCAUGCCUGAAGUCAUAAAGGCGGGUUUUUCAUAGGAAUAUGGCAGCCACUGUAUUGCUGCUCAGCAGCGAAGAAAUCGCCAAAAUUGUUCCUUGUCGAUAAUUUUUGUUUGAACCCUUCUUCAGUUUGAGGCACGUGACUUGACACAGUCUCAUUCCAUAAAUGGUCCACCAGGUCUUGACAGACUUCUUAGCAGAUCGAGGAGACAGUGGAGAUGCCUAGUCCUGACAUUUCUGCAAUGGUAUAAAGAUAAUCUCCUCUGUCUAUUCUAUACAGACAAAUAGCAAGCCUCAUUGCUGGCGAUAUCGGUUCACAGUUUGAUGAAUAAGGAAGGGUUCAAUACGGUUCAGGAUGAAAUUAAAUGUUUCCCGGGAAGCUCUGAAAGUUUUCAUGAAUCCUGCCUCUGAAUAGGUGUUGCAAGCAUUCCCCCCGCCCAGCCAAUAUCUCUUUUCAGCCGAUAACAAGUAUGAACUGGGCGAGAAAUGGUGAUGUUCCUUUGGGUAAUGAGUAAUACUAGAGGGCAAGCGAAAUUCAAAACUCUUCUCCUCCUGGUAGCGAGGUUAGUUAAUGCUAACUGCAUCUUCUGCAUCUUGAGUCGCCUUCUCCUACCCUCCUUCAUCGCACUGGCUCUUCGUUUCUACAACUUGUCUUUCCCGCAUUUUUCCCGCCAUUUUGGUAAGCAAUAACUGCUGAUCGCAAUAGAGUCAUGUUCACUUUUUCAAUUAAGUUCGAUUUAAUUAGGUUCGACGUUUGAAUCACCUGCCAAACUUAAUUAUUUGAGUCGACCCAAAUUGGUGCUAGGUUCGGCACAUGUAAAGUUCGACGUUUGAACCGGGCGUUUAAGGGUCAAAAUCCGCCCCCAGCGGCCUCUUAGGGGCAUAUCUUCAAUUACUGUUGCAACUGUUUACCAUCCGCCGAGUGCAACCGGUUCUUUGACUUUAAACUACUUGUUCCAGUCGCAAUCAAAAAUUGAAUCCCUUUCUCUUGAAUGUGGCCUCAUUCUUUUAGGGGAUUUCAAGAAGCUGAACUGCUCUGGUUACAGGAACACUUUCGGUCUCCAUUCAAUCGUCCCAUUUCCAACUCGUGGACAGAGUAAACUGGGCCUUGUCUAAAUGUGUCUUUUCAAGCGAGAGUUGCAAACUCGUUUCCCGGGUUGAUACACGCGCAUGCGAUAAACUCCAAACCAAAAUAGGAUCUUUUCUUUCUUUAUUCCUUCCCUAUUCCUUGGGGUGUUAUUAUAUCGGAGCGGUCAACUGAAAUUAUUACGUAAAGAAAUCAGCUAAGUAUGGUGAUCAUAGCUUAGGAAUGAUCUCUCUUGAACUGAAACGCUAACUAUAAUUUUCUGUCCAAAAAGAACUAAUCACGGGGGCGUCAACAUAACCAGAAAAUAUUUCGCAGCUUUUCUCGGAAGCGGUAACACUUAGCUUCAAUGGAAGCAGUUACACCUUGUUUUUACCAAUCUUAAUGCAUUUUACUCAAAUUUUGAAAUCACGAGCGCCAAGCAGCCCUUGCUCGUGAUGAUAAAGCUUGCUUUCGCCGCCUUCGGAAUCUUGUUAACCGCUAGCUGAUGAGGUCCUGUUAUGCUAAAUACUAUGGACCCAAAGUCGAACAUCUUAGAGAUUGCGAGCCGCGUAGGUGGUGGAAAGAAGUUAAAUCGCUCGGCGGGAUGCAAUCAGCCACGCACACGGAUCCGACGUCUGUCCUGAAGCAUAUUGACUCAGGGUCUGAUUCUAGUCCUACUUCCCUUGCCAAUAUCAUUAAUAAUGCAUUUUUGCCCCAAUUUAUACAAUUAUUCCUUUGGAUCCUGAAUUUUCUGUUGUUGCGCAACACACCGAUGCAUCAACGGUUACUGAGUUCCGUGUCCUAAAGAAACUCACCGCCCUUAAUUGUGCCAAAGCUUCAUGACCAGGCGGCAUACCUGGCUGGCUGCUAAAAGAGAACCUGGACUUACUGGCUCCUGUGGUUACUGAGAUCCUUAAUUUCUCAUAAUCGGAGGCUCCACUGCUCCAUACCUGGAUAAACGCUAACGUUGCCCUAUUCCUCAACAGACCCCUCAUCAGGCCUACUGAAACUUUCAUACCACCGUCAGGAACUGGUUGAUGAAUUAUUCAAGAAAAUAAUUCAGAGCGAACAGAACAAACUCCAUGAUCUUCUUUCUGCUCGUAAGACAAGAACUUUGAACCUUAGAAACAAAGGGAAGCCGGUUUAGGCCAGUGUUCAAGACAAAAAGAUUUCGUAACAGUUUUAUCACUUUUAAUACCCUAAAAGCUUAAACUAUUUUAUUUGACUAUUUUAUUGGAAUGUUAUAUUCAUUCGAAAAAGUCUAUCUACAAACGUAACAGAUAGACAAACAAAUUUUUAUUACAAACUUGCUUUAAACCAUUGAUAGUUCUUUUAGAUGUUAUGGUUGAUAUUAUCCUUGGUAAUAAUCGUGUAAUUCAAUUUUUUUCGUCGCAAAGCGAUAAUAAGUAAACCACUUAUCUUUCUCCUUAGCUUCUAAUUUGUCAUUUAUCACAGAUUUUAUCUGGGAAAUUAGUCAUAUAUAGUUCAAAGUGAUUUUCCGUAAGAUUUUCAAAUGGCAUUGCAAAGCAGAGAAAUAAACUUUGUUUGUCGUCGAAUGAUAUAGGAGCUUACUUUAGGUGACUGAAUAAUAAUGCGCUUGCAUCGGCUAUAAUAUACGAACUUGUACAUGGCUACACAGACCAAGUGAGUUAUUCAAGUUCAUGGAUAUAAGCUUAUGUCAAAAGUUUCGCGUUAUGUUCUUGCAGUCCUUCUCAAAACGAAAUAUAGCCAUAUCGUUCAAAAUGUUUAAAAAAUCAAAAUCAUGAUUGAUAUUUUUUCUUUCAACAGGCAAGAAAGUCAACAUCAAGUCUGUAAUUGUCCUGUUGAUAGAGAAAAACUUGAGCGCAGCCAGGUACAUAAAACGGGUAACACAAAAGCCUGGUUCAUGCAGGAGAAAAUGUAGAUUUACUGGUCGAACAUCCACGUGAUCAGAAGGCUCUGAGAUACGUUAGUGCCGUCGAUUGUUGGAAGUAAAUUCGCUAACACUCGUUGUUUGUUUGGUUGAAUCUUCUUCAAUCUCUUUUCUUCUCAAGUUGUUACAACGGGGACUAACCCCUAUCGCAUGAGAAAAGUGAGGGUCACCGUUUAUAAAGUGACACUACCGAUGACGCGACUAAGCUGUCAAUCUUCUGUACCGUCAUCGUUCCAUCUCAGCCAGCGAAUCACGUUAGAUUGCGUAUGACAGUUCCUGCUUAUUAGGUAUGCGCCUUCGAGUUAGGAAUGCAGGAAUGGUUUAAAGUAAUAGAAUAUUUCCAUUCCUUACCCCGACACCAAUAUAAGGAAACCCUUAUGAUAUUUCAGAUUAAAUAUAGUCCCAUUUUUAUCGUUUAACACGAUGACAUCCAACAUGGCGGUGAGGCUUUUUGUCUCAAGAAAGACGAUGUCUUAGAUACCUAGGGAAUAUCUUUGCUACUUCCCUUAUUCAAAAAGCAGAAAAUUUAAGCUUUGUAGCCCUAAAAGUAUUUCAGUAUUACGUGAAUGUAUUCGUAAAUAGAUGGUUCAAGUACUUUAGUCAAAGCGUAACUUCUUUCAGAUGUCUUUGAAAUGGGCACAACUUUAGCCGUGCAGUGCAGGGUCUCAGAGUUGAUUGUAGUCCAGCUCGCCUAUGAGUUAAAUUUUGAGAAUAAAAUAAAAAUAAACAAGUAUAAAAACUUUCAUUUUCAUUUCAUAUAGGAUGUAUUUCCUGACAAAGCAACUGAAAGGAAGAUCCUCUCGUUUACCAUAAAAUGCCGAAAUGAAGGUUGCGAGUGGACUGGCGAACUGCGGGAAAAGAGGUACAGUACCUCUCUUUUUCACAGACAGAGAAAGUUUUACUUUUAUUCAGAGGGGUAAUCAUGCACACUGUGCUGAAGGGCUGAAAAACUAUUCGCUUUACGUGGCAAAAGAAGUCCUCAAGCUUAAAAUAGACUCAGGACAUAAAUGGCG